GCAGAUUCAAACAAAGAAUGUAUUGCCCACUUGGAUACCGCAGCUUGGCAUGAAGUUCAACACCCUAGAUGAGGCUUGGAAAUUUUGGGGAUAUUACGGAGGAAGGAUGGGGUUCAGCAUCAGAAAAAGGAGAAAAUGGAUCUCCCAGACCUCAACUUCACUCCACCUGCAGAAGAUGUGGAUGAAAAUGCAGAAAAUGAAAUGGAAGGACAUGUAGGAGAUGAUAUGGAAGGAGAUGCCGGAGAGGGAAUGGAAGGAGAUGAAAUUGUUCAAAAUCCAGGUGCUGGACAAGUUGGUAGAAAAAAUAAAACCCUCAAUGACCAGCAAAAAUUUGCUGCUUAUGUAGCAUUGCAUACACUGUGUAUGAGUAGAGGAGGCACUUUUAAGAAAACCGAUACGCAAGAUAUUGCAAAUUUUUUUGCAGUGGGUGUUUGGAAUAUACAAAGAAUUUGGAGGAAAGCAAUGUUGCAAAUUCAACAAGGUCAAGAGGUAGAUGUUGCCGAUCAGAGAAAAGGAAAUUCUGGAAGAAAGCCUAAGGACAUUAACCUAGAAAAAACCCUAACAAUCCCAUUAAAUAGGAGGUCUACUAUUAGAUCACUAGCCUGGCAACUGGGAUGUAGCCCUACUACACUUCAUAGAAAGUUCAUGCUAAAUUUGAUUAGGAGGCAUACAAACUGUGUGAAGCCGGCUUUAAAGGAAAAGAAUAAGAUGGAUAGGAUGAAUUUUUGUUUGUCGAUGCUUGAUGAGGCAACAACAGCAACUGCGAGGCCUAAGUUCAAGACUAUGCAUAACGUUGUCCAUAUUGACGAGAAGUGGUUUAACAUGACAAAGAAGAAUAGAACAUAUUAUCUGCUAGAUGGGGAGGAAGAGCCUACGAGGCCUAUACACGGCAACUGUAUUGGCAAGGUGAUGUUUUUAACGGCCGUUGCUAGGCCAAGGUGGGACAGCGAAGGAAACAUGACCUUCUCUAGGAAAACCGGUAUCUGGCCAUUCGUGAAAGAAGUUCCUGCUCAGAGGAGAAGCGACAACAGGCCCAGAGGUACAAUAGAGACAAAGUCAAUAAAGGUCGAUAGAAAAGUGAUGAGGGAGUUCCUGAUAGAGAAAGUCUUGCCAGCGAUACAAGCAGUUUGGCUGGAAAGUGAUGCUGGGACAGACCAUCUACAUUCAGCAGGAUAAUGCUAAGCCCCAUAUCUUGCCAGAUGACCAGGAAUUUCUAGCAGCUGUCGCAAAAACUGGACUUGACAUUAGAUUAGUACAACAGCCUGCCAACAGUCCUGAUUUGAAUGUGCUUGACCUUGGGUUUUUCAACUCGCUGCAAUCGCUGACAGAUUGUCUGAGUCCUAAAACACUACAAGACCUUAUUGCAGGUGUUUUGGAGGAAUUUGAAGGCUAUGAUGUUUACAAGCUCAACAGAAUUUUCCUAACUC